AUGUCAGAUAUUGAUGCAAAUUCUUUAUCACAUCCUCCAGUUCGUGCUUCUACAGGGGAGAUUGUGAUCACAAUUCCUAAAGAUGUUAUUCAACGAUCCAAAGAAAUUUGGAAAUUCAGUAUUGUGGGUCGUUUUGAUUUUAAAACCCUAAGUACUAAGUUUGAAGAUGUUAAGCGUAUUCUUUGUGAUCAAUGGAAACUAACAGGCCAAGUCCAGUUUAUACCAUGGGUGAAAGGUUAUUUUGUCAUUAAACUGAGCAAUGAAGUUGAUCGAAAGAGAGUUAGCUAUGAAGGACCGUGGAAAGUUAAAGAACAACACUUGAAGAUACUGCCAUGGACACCUAUGUUUAAUCCUGAAUCGGAAAAAAACAUUAGGGCAAAGGUUUGGGUACGUUUUCCUUAUCUUCACUUUGAGUAUUGGGAGGAGGAAAUUUUAUUUAGAAUAGCUCGUGGCCUUGGCAAGCCUGUAGCUGUUGAUCCGAGAACCCUGCGAGUAGAGUAUGGCUAUUUUGUUGCGAUACUUGUGGAUAUAGAUUUUUCAAAACCCAUGCCAAAGCUUGUUAUUGAUGAUGAAGAUUGUCCGGAGGGUUUUCGUCUUGAUUAUGAGGUUCUGAAUAAUUCGGCUAAGUAUAAAGAUUUGGAGAAGUUGCAUGAUGCCGAGGAGGAUCCAGUGAAACGUGCAGCCCUUAAGGCCGAAAGGGAUGAUUUAAAAGAUUAUUGGAAGAAAUAA